AAUUGCUCACAUGCUAGAUCUGAAAUCAUUAUCUGAUUGUCCUGAAUCAGCAAGAGCAAGUUCUCUAUGAGAGAGAAUUAAGAAGGAGAAACGAAUACUCAUAAUAUUGGAUGAUAUUUGGAGAAGAAUUCAAUUGGAGAAGAUUGGCAUUCCUUUUGGGACGGACCAUAGAGGUUGUAAGAUCGUGCUUACCUCUCGAAGGAAAAAUGUAUGCGAUCAAAUGGGCUGUGACAAGACAUUUACUGUUGGAACUUUGACAAAACAGGAGUCAUGGGCGCUAUUCAAGGAGCUUGUUGGCAUGGAUGUUGAAAAUUCUAUUAUAAGCUCAAUCGCAAGAGAAGUAACCGCUGAAUGUGAUGGUCUACCGAUUGCAAUUGUGACUGUAGCCAGGGCACUGAAGAACAGGGGCAUGUAUGAGUGGCGUGAUGCUUUACAACAACUUAAAAGGUCAACAUCAACAAAUAUUGAAGGAAUGCAUGAAAAUAUUUCGUAAUUCCUGUUGAAGUCUUAGUGAGAUACGGAACAGGACUGAGAUGGUUCAAAGACUUGGGGACAAUUGAUGAUAUUAGAGUCAGAACACAUGCUAUUG